UGUACUUGUAUGAAUUCUAUGUUUCUGGGACCUAUUCUCGUGUAAAUUUAAUUUAAUCUAAAUAAUAUGAGUGAAAACAGGAACAGUGAUAAACGUAGAUGUGCUAAAGGAUCCCAAGUAUAUAAACCUGAUAAGCAUGAUUCUGACGAUGAUUCGGAUCCAUACGCAACUGAUGAGGACACUGAAUAUUAUGAACGAACUUCCGACUCUUCAUCCGAGGAGGAAAGGGGCUGUCAUCCCAAUCCUAACAUAUUACAAGAAUCAAAUAGUGACUUAAAGGCGACGUCAUCUUCGGCUCAUGGUAAGGUUUUUAUAUUGUUUAAUUUACGGUGCACAAAAUAACAUAGAUUUUUAGUUACACCUAAGAGAACACGCAAAAGACAAAGAAAAGAAGCAGAAUGGAAAAGAAUGCAGGCAAAGAAAGCAAGAACAAGUGGCAAAGAAUAUAAAACGAAUAAAACUAAAACUAUCAAAAAAAGGGAAAUUAAGUUUUGGGAGCACAAUUGCAGGUACGACUGCAUGAAAAUAUCAGAAAAUGACGCACUAGGUAUUUUUACCAAGUUUUAUGAACUGCAGACUUAUGAUUUACAAACAAAUUACAUUGGUUCCUGCAUCAAGAAAUUCGCUCCCAAGCGAGUAAAAGGUGGGGCACACUCUCACAAAGAAUUUGUCACCCGUAUACUCCUGAUGGGCUUUAGAGUCUGCAAGACGUUCUUUUUGAAACUGUUAGGAAUAACUAAUCGGAGAUUUAAUACGGUGUGUAAUAAACUGUCCAAUGAAGGAUUUUUGCAAGCAGAUCAACGUGGCAAACAUCCACCAUCCAACAAAAUGAGUAAACAGAGACGUGAUGACGUCAUUUCACACAUCAAAAUGUUCCCGAGAUAUAAAAGCCAUUACUCUCGAUUACAAAAUUCUGCCUCCAGAUAUCUAGCUACUGAUCUAAAUAUCAAAAAGAUGUACAGCCUUUAUCUUGAAUGCUGCUCAGAAUUAAACAAAUUACCGGUAAAGGAAACAUACUAUAGGCAUAUUUUUUGUACCGAGUUUAAUUUAAAAUUCCAUAAGCCUCACUCAGAUACAUGCGAUUGGUUGAACAAUUUAAUAAAAAAUGGUCCCAGUAUCGAAUAUAUUAAGCAGCUGCCUCCAGAAGUUAAACAUCUAAUCGCCUAUUCUGAUUCUUGUGGGGGACAGAAUAAAAAUAAAAACAUAGCUAAGCUAUUUAUGUAUCUGGUUCAAUGUACCAAUCUGGAAAGAAUAGAUCACAAAUUUUAUGAACCUGGGCAUUCAUACAUGGAGUGCGAUAGAGCUUUUGGGCAAAUUGAAAAAAGAAAGAAGAAAUACCCUCAUGUAUUUAUACCUGAUCAUUGGGUUGACAUUAUUAAAAAAACAAGCAAAAAUUUCACUGUGACAUGCAUGAGUGGUGACGAUUUUCUCUCAUUCCAAUAUCUUCAUGACAACAUAAAAGAUCCAAAGAAAGAUGAGGAAAACAAAAUAUUCAGAUGGCGUCAAAAUGUGUGGUUUACUUAUAAAAAGGAUGACUUUUUGAAGUUUUCUUUCAGGAUAUCAAGAAAUGAAAGCUGGGCUCCCAUUUACACCGAAAAUUGCUCUAAGCUAAAAAAGGGAAGACCAACCUUCACAUUGGAAAACCUCAAUAGCAAACUCUACAAGAAUGCAUUAAAAAUUUCAUAUGAAAAGUAUGAGAAUUUAAGGACAUUAUUAGACUAUAUACCGCCUUGCCAUCACCAAUUUUAUGUUGAUUUGCCUCAUGAGGGUAAAAAAGGCAAGAAAGGGAGAAAAACAGCUAAUCCAACCGAGGUAGAUAUACCGCCAACUCCCGAGGUAGAUCUAGAUAUACUGCCAACUCAGGCAUCAGAAAUCGAAAGUGAUACAGACAACAAUUUUACGGACCUGUUGGACUCGGAUUAUGAUGAUUAA